AUGCAUUCAACAAAACUUUCAUCAUCUUCCACCACGAAACCAUCAGCAACCACAACAACAACAACAAAUAUUGAACAAUAUCAUUAUCCACCUAUAUCAACACUUCGUCGUGCAAGUCGACCAAGUAAUAUUGAUUUAUCUAUAUUUGAUCAUAAUAAUACACAAUCAUCAUCAAAUGAUCCUGGUAUAUAUUCAGCACCAAUAUUUUAUAUAAAACAAACAAAUAAUAAUCAUUAUCAUCAUCAUCAACAACAACACCAACAACAACAACAACAUAUUCCACAAACAUCUCAACCAUAUACAACUACAUUUCAAUUUCAACCUCAACAACAUUUACAAUUAUCUCCACAUCAUCAGUCACAACAAGAACAUAAUAUACAUUUAUAUCAACAACAACAAAUAGUUGAUCCAUUUUCUGAACAUCAACAUACACCUCGUACAUUUCCAUUACAAACUUCACCAAAUCAUUAUCGUCAAUGUUUUUAUUUUCCACCAUCAACAUUACAAGUUAAUAUGACAAAUAAUGGUCAUCAAUCAACAAAUGCAAGUCAACCAUCAACACCAACACAUAAUAAUCAUAUACGUUCAGUACAAAUUCAAGAACCAUCACAACAACAAUGGUCAAAUCCAGUACUUAGUUCAUUAAUUGUUAAACGUAUGAAUGAAAAUCGUGCAUCAAUGACAAUUGAUGAUGAUGAAGAUCCAUCAGCUUCAAUUGAUGCUCUUGUUGCUGAUGAUGAUUCAAAUUCUCAUGAUUUACUUGAUGAUGAACAAAAUAAAUCAAUGAAUCAAUCGAAAACUUCGUCAACAAUUCCGCCAGGUACAAUAUCACCCUCAUCACAUUUAUAUCUUCGUAGUAAAUCACAUAUAUUAACAACACCACCUAAUCCACUUGCAUCCGAUGAUCAUCCUGAUAAUCAAUUAACAGUUGGAAAUACAUUUAAAAAAACAUUUAGUCCUAUAUCAAGUGCCGGUUUUGAAUUAACAACUACAACAGCAAAUAAUAAUAAUAAUAAUAAUAAUAAUGGUAAAAUAUCAUCAUCAAAUACAACAAAAGGAACAUCACGUUUUAAUUUUGAUACAAAUAUUCUCGAACAAAAAGAAUUAAAAAAAAAUCAACAUAAUGAAAAUUUAAUUGAUGAUAAUGAAGAAACUAAUCAUGAUUUAAUAACUAAACCACUUAUUAUAAAUACAGAUGUUCGAACAACAAGAAUAUCUUCAAAUAGUUUAAUUCAAGAUGAUAAUAGUAAUCAUAGUUCAACAAAUAGUAGUUCUCAAAAUACAUCAUCAAGAAUUUUUGGUCAGAUGUUAAAAUCUUCAGAACAGCAAAUAUUAUCUUCUUCAUCACCAAUUUCAAAUGAUAUUAAAUUAUCAUCAUUAGAUCAUGAUACAAAUUUCAAUUCAAUAUCAUUACAACAACAGAAUCGACAUUAUUGUGCACAUCCAGAUUGCAAUAAAACAUUCACUAAUAAAAGUGCUUUAGCAAAGCAUAAAUUAACUCAUAGUCAAGAUCGUAAACAUGUAUGUGCAAAAUGUAAUAAAGGUUUCAAACGACUUGAUCAUCUUAAUGGUCAUAUGUUAACACAUGAAGAAGAAAAACCACAUAAAUGUCGUGUACCAAAUUGUAAUCGUACAUAUUGUGAUGCACGUUCAUUAAAACGACAUAUUGAAAAUACACAUCAAGAUAUAUUAGCUGCGAUACAUGAAGGAAAACAUAAUGAAUAUAAAAAAUAUUUACCUGAAACAGCAUUUGUUAAAACAAAAGAUUUAUCAAUAAAUAAUGAAUUUUCAAUUGAUUCUGUUGAUAGUAAUUCUCCACGAUCAUUAAUUGAUAAUGAACAAUCAUUUAAUAUUCGAACAUCAACUGGAACUAAAACUCUGACAACUUAUACAUUCGAUGAACAAAAAUAUGUUGACUGUCAAAUUUGUAAGAAAUCAUUUAAAAAUGGUGCUGCACUUAAUGGUCAUAUGCGUUUACAUGGUGGAUUUAUUGACAAGCCAGUACCAUCAUCAACUGAUAAUACAGAAAAAAAGAAACGUAUAACAACACCAAUAAAACGAAAACGUGUCAAUUCUCCAUCAGUAUCUAUAAAAAUAAAAAAAGAAAAACAAGACUCAUCAAUGAUUUCAUCAACAAAUAAUCUAUAUCAACAAAAAUCAUCAUUUAUAAGUUUAUCAUCAUGUCCAAAUGUUAUUCCAAAACAUUUAUAUGAUCAAACAUCAUUAUCUCCUACACGUCCAGCAUCAUUAUCUCCAUCUAAUAUUCCAAUUUCAACAUCAACAUUUCCUCAAUUUACAAUUAAAAAUCCGUUAAGUGUACAAUCAACAACAAAACAAAAUCGAAAAACAAAUCCAUUAUCUACACAAGAUUUUCAUCCAUCUCGAAUUAAUAUUCAAAAUGUAAUUAUACCACAUGAUCCAGUGAUAAAUCCACAAAUAUAUCUAACAACAUCAUCACCAUUACAAUCAUAUGAAGAUAAAAUAAAAGAAUCAUUAUCAACUGAAAAUUUUUCUCAACAUCUACAGGCGAAUGGAAUACCUUUACAUCAAACAUAUCUUCGAACAUCACCUUAUCAAUCUUCAUCACAUAUUUCACAAUAUUCAAUAAAUUCAUCAUCAUCAUCAUCAUUUCCAACAAAUCCAAUAGCACCAAGUCUAUUCUAUCAUUUUAUUCCAAACGUUGAACGACUCACACCAGAUUUUUGUCUUCAACAACAAACAUCUUCACCAUUAAAUGAACCUAUUCAUUAUUCACCAUCACCAAAUUUUGGUCAUAUAGCUGUACCAAAUUCAAAUCCAUUAAUUAUAAAUACACCGAUAACAUCACCAUAUUCAAAUCAAUAUCUUAGUCAUAAUUCACCAAAAUCCCCAGACCAAAAGUGCAAUAAAAAUAAUAAUAGUAUGCAACUAUCACCAACAACACAUUCAACAUCUUCAUCAUGUUCAUCUUUAUCAUCAUUAAAUAUUGUAGCACCAGAAAAACAAAUUCAAAAUACAAUGAAACAAGAAAUACAAGAUGAUAAACAACAAAUAAAUAUUGAAAAUCAAACAUCACCAUUAGCAGUACUUGAAAUUGUUCCUGAUAUUGAUAGUCCAAUAAAAAAAACUUCAAUAUCAGGUUUUCUUAUUGGUACACCAUCAUCAACUAGUACAAGUUCAGCAUCAUCAUCAUCAACAUCAAAUAAUACACAUUUUAAUUAUGAUGAUGUUCCACAGAGAAAGAAACCUGAACCUACUCCAAGUUCAUUUUAUUGGCCAUCACAAUUACGAAGACAAUUAAGUCUUAAUCAAACAAAUAAAAUAUUAAAUCCACUUCCAUCAACUCCAUAUACACCACCACCAAUGCUUAGUCCAUUUCGAAAAGGUCCUGGUCUUUAUUAUCGAGUUUUUUCUCAACCAGGAACAUCAACAGAACCAUCAUCAAUACCAGCAACACCUCUUCCACCAAGUACACCUAUUGGUGAAGAAUCAGCAGGUCCUAAAAUUAAUAUUGGUAAAGAUUAUCAAGCAAUUAUUCCUAAAUAUCGAACGAAAUUUGACGAUAACGAUGAUGAAGGUUUGUACAAUCAAAGAAAAAAAAAGAAUAUUUUAUUAAUCAAAUUGAUAUAA